AUGCGGCUGCAGCAGCAGCAGCGUGUGAGCAGUACUCCGAGCAUACGCUUGAGGGCUCUGAAGACUGAGAGGAAUGGUACAGAAGAAAUUGCAGUUGAAGAAUGUAUUUUAACUAAAUUGGGCAUCAGAGCACGCAUUUUGGAAACCCUUGUAAUGCUUAUUCUUCUUGCACUGCUCAUCCUUGGAAUCGUAUGGGUAGCUUCAGCACUCAUAGACAAUGAUGCUGCCAGUAUGGAGUCUUUGUAUGACCUCUGGGAAUUCUACCUCCCGUAUUUAUAUUCCUGUAUAUCACUGAUGGGAUGCUUGUUACUUCUAUUAUGCACACCAGUGGGACUUUCACGGAUGUUUACAGUAAUGGGUCAGUUACUGGUGAAGCCAACAAUCCUUGAAGACCUAGACGAGCAGAUGUAUAUCAUCACUUUAGAGGAAGAAGCAAUUCAGAGGAGACUUAAUGGUGUAUCUUCCACGGUGGAAUACCAGACAGUAGAGUUGGAACGGGAGCUUGAAAAAGUGAAAAGCAAGAAAAUGAAUCUAGAACGGCGUAAAAAAGCUUCUGUUUGGGAAAGGAAUUUGGUCUAUCCAGCUGUUAUGAUACUGCUACUGAUUGAGACAUCCAUCUCAGUCCUCUUAGUUGCUCUCAACAUUCUUUACCUGUUGGUUGAUGAGACUGCAAUGCCAAAGGGAUCAGGGGGGCCUGGAAUAGGAAAUGCUUCCCUAUCCACCUUUGGUUUUGUGGGAGCAGCACUUGAAAUCAUUUUGAUUUUCUAUCUUAUGGUGUCCUCUGUCGUCGGCUUCUACAGUCUUCGUUUUUUCGAAAAUUUCACUCCCAGGAAGGAUGACACAACUAUGACAAAGAUCAUUGGAAACUGUGUCUCAAUCUUGGUGCUGAGCUCUGCUUUGCCAGUGAUGUCAAGGACACUGG